UGCAGGCUCAGGAGGGAGACGCUCAGAGGAUUCUGACAGCAUCUUUGCAGAAAAGAGGCAACGUGAACUCAAAAUAGAAACCACAGCUCCUUCUGCAGCAUUUCUCUCCUGUCUGCGAAUAUAACACCAUUCAACAAAAUGUGCAAAGGACUUGCAGGGCUGCCGGCUUCCUGCCUGAAGAGUGCAAAAGAUAUGAAACAUCGGCUGGGUUUUCUGCUGCAGAAAUCUGACUCCUGUGAACAUAAUUCUUCCCAUAGCAAGAAGGACAAAGUGGUUAUUUGCCAGAGAGUAAGCCAAGAAGAAGUCAAGAAAUGGGGUGAAUCAUUGGAAAACCUGAUUAGCCAUGAAUGUGGGCUGGCAGCUUUCAAAGCUUUCUUACGGUCUGAAUACAGUGAGGAGAAUAUUGACUUCUGGAUCAGUUGUGAAGAAUACAAGAAAAUCAAGUCACCCUCAAAACUGAGUCCCAAAGCCAAAAAGAUCUAUAAUGAAUUCAUCUCAGUCCAAGCAACUAAGGAGGUGAACCUAGAUUCCUGCACCAGGGAGGAGACGAGCCGGAAUAUGCUGGAGCCUACGAUCACCUGCUUUGAUGAGGCCCAGAGGAAGAUUUUCCAUCUGAUGGAAAAGGAUUCAUACCGUCGCUUCCUGAAGUCUCCAUUUUACCUUGAUCUGACCAAUCCUUCCAGCUGUGGGGCAGAGAAGCAGAAAGGAGCAAAGAGUUCUGCAAACUGUACAUCUCGGCUUCCCCAGUGUGCCUAAGUCUCACCUGGAGGCAGAGAGCCGGAAUGCCAAGACUCUAUGCUCUGGAAAGCCUGAGGCCAAACACUGAUCUGUAUUAAGCACUUUGCUUUAUCCACGUCGUAGCCUAGUGUUCACACUGCCUGCCGUGUAAAAGCUAGAUUUAGCUGUGGGUUUGGGUAUUCAGCAGGGUGGGACCACAUUCCAGUCCAAUUUCUCCAAGUAUCUUUAGGCUGUUAGGGGAGCAAGUAUCUAGAUAAUGGCCUUACUUGUAGGUCUGUAUUUUCCAAGAUUGUUGGCAGUGCACCUCUCCCAGCCACUUGACAUCAGUUUGGCUGGUUGGUACAUAUACAUGCACAUGGUUUCUGUUAGCCAGAACUUCUCCAGAUUCUCUGUGCUUAGAUGAGGUUGAUGUGUUAUACACAAGUGUGUGCAUGUGUGUAUAUUAAAUAUAUAUAGAUAAUAUAUACAUGUACAUUCUGUAUAUAGUUAUAUGUGUUUAUGUAUUCAAAUGUGUUUGUGUCCUGCAAGAAUAGAUGGGAAAGACUCCAGGUGCUCAAAUUGGAGCGUGUGUCUAUACUUACAUGCAGGUUCUGAUAUUUGCACAGCAUUUGAACAGGGGAACAUAAACUAAUUGCCACGCAGGCUGAAAGAGAAAUGUUAACUUGUGGAAAGCUGAUUCUGGAAAAAUCCAUGGGUCUUUCUGGAGGUGAAUCCAGGGGACUUCAUGUUUCAUUUACCAUAGAUGGUCUCCACCUUGAGCACUAUUCUAAGAAACAGAUACUGUUAAAGAAUUAUAUAUCUAAAUGAUACUGAACUGUCUGGCAACAGUUAUCACUAGAGAUCCUAAACCUUCUCUGCCUGGGUGCUCAGGCCAUACUUACUGGCGGCUGGGUGGGUCUGGAUUUGGGAGACAGGAGGCUUGAGCUGAAGGAAAAAAUACAGGCAAGGGCUUGCUGUGUAAUCAUGCCAGUUAUGCGCUCAGUGAGGGCGCAGAGUUUAAAGGUUACUAUUUUUAUCUGCUGUCCUUUAUCUUCCUCUUUUGAUAAAGGUGCUCUUUUUUUUUUCCCUGAGAAAGUUAGCCGUCAGAUGAGCCUUCUUAAUUCAUGGGGCUGGUUGUCUCCCCCAUAAUGAUUCUAGGCUACAUGCCUACAUUUAUAAGCCUACAGCAGAAAAAAGAUUGUUUUUUGAAAGCUGAAAAGCCCUCAUAAAUUUUCUCUUUCAAGGCAAAAUCUUGUUUAUUCUACCCCAACCAUCAGAGCUGGCAGAGAAUGAAGCCAUUUUGUCUAGGCACUGAGAUUAUAAGAGAGAAGAAGAAAGAAAAGCAAAAACAAAAAAAGAAAAGAAAGAAGGGAUACUAAGUGUUAGAACUACUGUUUGAAACUUUUCAAGGCACAUAAAAUACUUGAAAAUUUCUCCUUUAUGUUAUUUAUGAUGUUUUUUACAAUGUUUUUUAUUGUAUUGUUUUAUAAAUGAAGAUACAGGAUCUUUCCUGAAUUACUAAUGGAUGCCUAGGGAGUAAUUUUCUUCUCAUUCUUUUAAAACUAUUGCCUUUCCAAAUGUGCACAAACAUCCACGCACCCUCCUCACCACACACACACACACACACACACACACACACAAAUAUCCACCACCUCCAGUAUAAUUUACAUGUAUGACAUCUUUGUGGCUUUUUAGCCAAUACUGGACUGUAAAAUGAAGACUCUCGAGUGUGUGUAUACAAAUCCCAUUGUGCUAAAGAUGCAGGUUUUCUAUUCCUUCUUGUCUUUCUGAAAGUUUUUCUCUAAUGUCCCCGGAGUUCCUUGUCAGUGUCCCUUUAUUCUAUACACAGUUCCACAUCAUGUCUGUAGCCAAGUCCAGGAUCCAAAUGUACAACUUCUUGGUCUUGCCCUAUUAAAUCAUCAUGAAUUACAGAUUGUACCUGUACUCACAGAUUUAUGUCUCAUAAAUAAGUCUUAAAGGCCAUUCUGAAUGAGAAGUAAAUUAUUUUAUGUAAUAUAUUUUUGAGUGUGUUCUUCAAUUGUAUUUUCCUGUGGGGUCUGUCACCAUUUGAUAUGGUGAGUUUGCCUGCCCGUGGUCAGUGGACAGAGUACCCCCUCUAUAUGCAUAUGCAUGCUCCUAAUAUGCGCUUUGUAGGCCUCAAAGAUAAUGCUUCCAGUGAACACACCUAUCUUAAUCAUGAGUAUUAAUAAAUGCCUCAUACGAAACUA